GGCGGAGAGCAGCGCGCGCCGCGGGAGCGAGCGUGGUGCCCGCCAGGCUGCGGAGACUGUCGCCGCGCCAAGGUUCCCAGCACAGUUACACAGAGGAUUCCCUACCAAGGCGAUGGAAGGGGGCCCGGCUGUCUGCUACCAGGACCCUCGAGCAGAGCUGGUAGAGCGGGUGGCGGCCAUCAACGUGGCCCACUUCAAAGAGGCAGGUGGAAGCCCAGAACCUACCAGGAACGGUGUAGAACCUCGGCCCCGGGCCAGAGCUGCCUCUGUGAUCCCUGGCGGUGCUUCGAGACCUUCCCCAGUGCGGCCCAGCCUCUCAGCAAGAAAGUUGUCUCUGCAGGAGCGGCCAGCAGGAAGCUGCCUGGAGGCCCAGGCUGGGCCUUAUGCAACAGGCCCUGCCAGCCACAUCCCCCCGCAGGCUUGGCGGAGGCCCACCAUUGAGUCCCACCACGUGGCCAUCUCAGACACAGAGGACUGUGUGCAGCUGAACCAGUACAAGCUGCAAAGUGAGAUUGGCAAGGGUGCCUAUGGUGUGGUGAGGCUGGCUUACAACGAAAGUGAAGACAGACACUAUGCAAUGAAAGUUCUUUCCAAAAAGAAGUUACUGAAGCAGUAUGGCUUUCCUCGUCGCCCUCCCCCAAGAGGUUCCCAGGUUGCCCAGGGAGGGCCAGCCAAGCAGCUAUUGCCCCUGGAGCGGGUAUACCAGGAGAUUGCUAUCCUGAAGAAGCUGGACCAUGUGAAUGUGGUCAAACUGAUUGAGGUACUGGAUGAUCCAGCUGAGGACAAUCUCUAUUUGGUGUUUGACCUCCUGAGAAAGGGGCCAGUCAUGGAAGUACCCUGCGAUAAGCCCUUCCCUGAGGAGCAAGCUCGCCUCUACCUGCGGGACAUCAUUUUGGGCCUCGAAUACUUGCACUGCCAGAAGAUCGUCCAUAGGGACAUCAAGCCAUCCAACCUGCUCCUGGGGGAUGAUGGACAUGUGAAGAUUGCCGACUUUGGUGUCAGCAACCAGUUUGAGGGGAACGACGCUCAGCUGUCCAGCACAGCGGGGACCCCAGCAUUCAUGGCCCCUGAGGCCAUUUCUGAUUCUGGCCAGAGCUUCAGUGGAAAGGCCUUGGAUGUGUGGGCCACCGGGGUCACACUGUACUGCUUUAUCUAUGGGAAGUGCCCAUUCAUCGACGAGUACAUACUGGCCCUGCACAGGAAGAUCAAGAAUGAGGCCGUGGUAUUCCCUGAGGAGCCAGAGGUCAGCGAGGAGCUCAAGGAUUUGAUCCUAAAGAUGUUAGACAAGAAUCCUGAAACAAGAAUCGGGGUGCCAGACAUCAAGUUGCAUCCCUGGGUGACCAAGCAUGGGGAGGAGCCCCUUCCCUCAGAAGAAGAGCACUGCAGUGUGGUGGAGGUGACCGAGGAAGAGGUGAAGAACUCAGUCAAGCUCAUCCCUAGCUGGACCACAGUGAUCCUGGUCAAGUCCAUGCUGAGAAAGCGUUCCUUUGGAAACCCAUUUGAGCCCCACGCACGCAGGGAAGAGCGGUCCAUGUCUGCUCCAGGAAACUUAGUGACGAAAGAAGGGUGUGGUGAAGUGGGCAAAAGCCUGGAGCUCCCUGGUGUCCAGGAAGAUGAGGCUGCAUCCUGAGCCCCUGCAUGUGCCCAGGGCCGCCGGAAGCAUGUUCAUCCUGUACCUCCAGAGGCCCACCGCCCUCAUGCGACAGCUGCCCCUGCAGGUAGGGGGCUGGGAAGAACUACAGCCCCUCCCUGGUCUCUUCCCCCAUCGUACUGCAUGACCUGCACGCAGGCACAUCCAGGGACAAGAUUGGAAUGAGUGUCAUCUGGGGCUGGAGGGGUAGGGCUCCCAAGAGACCUUUCUUCUGGUCCUGGCUCUUGCUGGCCUGACUUAUCCUGUGGGGAAGCCAGGAGUCUAUGGGACCUCAGAAACCUUACCUGCCUGGCUGGCAACGUCUAGGGAAGGAAGUAGGAGACCAAGAUGGCAGGUGGGAAGGCCUGGCUUACUACAUUCAGAAACUUCCACAGGACUGGGCAGACCUGGCUGAGCUGCCAUACCACACGGCACUCUCUGCAUUGGGUGUGGAGUUGCCUGAGCUCCUGUCUACUCAAAAUGCUGUCAUAAGGCUCUAAUCUCUGACUUAUGCCUGGGCCCCAGGGAGAGGGCCAGUAUUGAAGAAUUCAGAUUCCUUUUUUGUUAUCUUUUAUUUUUGUUUUUAAUGUGGGAGCUGGAAGGGAGAAGCUGUACUGGGGAACAUAAUAUGAACCUUCCUACAGCUGUGAGUAGUUCCCAGCACUCCUGCCAUUAUUUGGCAGCCACGUGGACUGGACUGACCUUCCUGGAUUGUGUUUUGUGCAUGACACCACCCAGAAAAUGGACUGAACGGAAUCAAGCUGGAGCCCAGGCCUGAACCAGGAGCAGCACACCUCCCCCCUGCUCACCUCAAUCCCUCACGCAUGGCUUUCUAGAACUGAGGCUACAGAAGAGAUAUCGGGGGUGACAUUGGCUAGGGCCAUGGACUCACAGCUGUGUCCUUGCAUAUAUUAAGUAACUGGAAUCUUCUGAUGCUACACUGGCUUACCUGCCACCUUCUUAGGAUAAAAGAUGAACUGUCCAGAUGGGAGGCCUUGAUAGACAAGGGGCCCUGCAUGAUGUAUACACUGGUAGGCAGGCAGCCUCUCUGCCAACGGCCUCACUCCCAGGACAGUGGACAGUCAGCCUGCUCACAGUGGGAGAGGGAUGUGUGUAUGGACACCCCCUUCCUAGCAGGCUUCAUCUUCUCUCUGGGAUAGGUGACUGGUUGGCCAGCCAGCAUGAUGUUUACUGACCAAAUGCUCUCAGAGGUCGAUCUUCAAAGGGAGAUACAACAAGACUCUGCUACUGCCUCUGAAAACAUUGGCCACACAGGGAUUUCGGCUGUCUUCAUGGGUUUCAUAUUGUUGGAGGGCUUGUUUGGAGAAGGAGAGGGAGACUGGGCUAGAGAGGGGCCCAACACUACAUCCUGUUGUGUCUCUGUGCCUAUGGGUGUAUAUCGCGCCUCCACACAGCACACUCGCAUGUCUUGCACCAGUACCUGCAUCAGUAAUACAGUUUCCAUGUCUAUUUAAGGCUAGGAGCAGAAUGUGGCCCAAUGUUAGUGGCCCUCCUUUUCUCCCCAGUUCCUCUGCACUAAGGCAGCCAGUGUGAC